AUGACUAAGCUUUCUGUCCCAGCUCUGUGUGUAUGGACAUGGACACUUUUGAGCCUAUUCACAUCAGGUAUAGUGUGUAACCUUGAGGGAGAUCUGCACGGAGAUCUAAUGAGAAGUUACAACAAGAACAUCAGACCAAUGGAGAACAAUAGAGACAUAACAGAGGUCAAACUCAAGAUGACCCUGACCAACCUAAUCUCUCUGAAUGAAAAAGAAGAGACACUGACCACAUGCGUUUGGGUAGAGAUGCAGUGGUAUGACUAUAGACUCAGGUGGGCUGACAGGCCAGGGUUUGAAGCAUAUGAAAAUAUUACAGGCACACGGAUUCCCUCCAAAACCAUCUGGCUACCAGAUAUUAUAUUGGAAAACAAUGUUGAUGGGAACUUUGAGAUCACACUCUACACGAAUGCUUUGAUAGACCCAUAUGGUAUGGUGUAUUGGCUUCCCCCUGCAAUCUACCGCAGCUCCUGUGCAAUCAAAGUCAACUACUUCCCCUUUGACUGGCAAAACUGCACCAUGGUUUUCAGGUCUCAGACGUAUAGUGCUAAUGAGAUUGAGCUGAAACUGACAAAUGAAGGAAACACUAUAGUGGAAUGGAUUGAGAUCGACCCUGAAGCCUUCACAGAGAAUGGAGAAUGGGUAAUUAAGCAUCGGCCAGCUAAAAAGGUGGUAAACGAGAAGUACAGCCGAGAUGAGCUGAACUACCAGGAGAUCAUUUUUUUCCUUAUCAUCCAGAGGAAGCCACUUUUCUACGUCAUCAACAUCAUUUUGCCCUGUGUGCUUUUCUCUUCUCUUGGACUUUUGGUCUACUUCCUGCCAGCCAAAGCUGGAGGACAGAAAUGUACCAUGUCAAUCAUUAUCCUACUUGCGCAAACCGUCUUCCUCUUCCUUAUUGCAAAGAAAAUUCCAGAAACAUCCCAGGCUGUUCCACUGAUUGGCAAGUAUUUGAUGUUUGUGAUGUCUGUGAAUGCAGUCACAGUGAUGAACUGUGUAGUGGUUUUGAAUGUAUCUCUGAGAACUCCGAACACACACCCACUAUCCAAUAAAGUCAGGCAGGUACUGUUAAACAUUUUUCCUCGGGUGUUGAGGAUGAGGAUGCAACGCUGGACACCGCAAAGUGGACUGAGUGCAGAUGGCAUAAUGAACCAAUCUUCUGUCCCUUUGAGAAGAGCCAGCUCAUUAGGACUAAUUGUGAAAGCAGAUGAGUACAUGCUGAAGACAGCACGCUCUGAGCUGAUGUUCAGCAAGCUGAAAGAAAGAGAUGGGUUCAUGAGGAGUGCCCUGAAGAAGAUCUGGAACACUCUGGAAGGAGACACAAUCCAGGAUUUGACUUGGAGUCUGGCCAUGGCAUCACCAGAUUUGCAGCAGUGUGUAGCAUCCUGCAAACACAUCACUGAGAGAACCAAACAGCACAAAGACUUUCAAAAAGAGAAUGAGGAGUGGUUCCUGGUUGCCAGAGUGAUUGACAGACUCUGCUUCAUCACCAUUGCCUUGUUGUUUACACUGGGCACCAUAGGAAUCUUUAUCAUGGGACAUUUUAACCAAGCUCCAACACUUCCAUUUGCUGGAGACCCCAAAAAAUAUCUUCCUGAGAUACUUAUCACAAACAUCACAAGCCAGCAUUGACACACUUACAGUUACAGUUACAUGUUCAUUAGAAGCUAAACUCCAUCAGCAGUACUCACUUCAGCUUCUUAAAGUCAAUAAUAGGUACUGAAAUAUUUUUUGAUUAAUCCUUGUUCAUGAUUUGUUGCUUUUUUUUACUGUCUUGCUGUCAUGACCAGACCACAAAACCCCUGUUUAGGCUACAAAGCUUUUCUUUAGUAUUGCUAGAAUUUGGGGUUAAGAGUUACUUUUUAGGAUUAGUGUUAAUUAUUAGUUUAACCUACUAAUAAUCUGCUUCAUCUACUGUAUAGCUGUCAUUAUGUUAGUAAUAGACAAUUUGAUAUGUGU